UGUGGCAUUGACGGACAGAGAAGUCACGGCCAUUGACAGAUAAAAGUGGUAUAUAAAUUUCCGAUGAAGAAAGUUCCGACAUUAUUUGUAAUAAAGGUCAGUUAACGUUUUUAAAUGCAGCAUGGAGGCCGUUACAGAGCAAAAUAUCAGUUCCAUCUCGGAAAUACAAACGACCGACAGUCUUGAAGAAAUUUACGCAUGGAUCGACCAAAUUCCUUUUUCCCGUCAAAAGAAAAACAUUGCGAGAGACUUUUCGGAUGCUGUACUGAUGGCAGAACUGCUUAAGAAAUAUUAUCCUCGACAUGUAGAUGUCCAUAAUUACAUAUCAAGUUGUAGCAUCGUCAAAAAAGUGGAUAAUUGGUGCACCUUAAAUCGCAGAGUACUUUCAAAAAUUGGUAUGAAGCUUUCGAAAGAAGUGAUCAAUCAGCUGGCUAAUUCUCAGUCAGGAGUGAUUGAAAAAGUACUGAUAGAUCUGCGAAGAAAGAUUCUGAAGAACUGCAAUGCUGAUAGAGAUUCUUUGUAUUUUGAUUACGAGGAGAAUGGCAAAGGCGAAACCGUGAGAUCCAUACUGAAUCCUGAAGAAGUAGCAAACAAGACGGUUCCACGCCAUAUCUUCCUAAAAUUAAAAGAGGAAUUACAGCAGAAGGUGGAGGCUAUUAAUGUAUUAAAUCAUAAGAUUUCACAUCUUGAGAGCGUAAUGAAAUUAAAGGAUCAACGAAUCACCGAUCUUGUCGCACAACUGACAAAUCCUGAAGAACAUGUUUCGACGCAUUCUCAUGUUUUAGGUAAUGCUAUUAACAAACAUCGAGUUAACAAAGUUUAAAGGGUGGGUAC